GUUUCCAACCAAUCAUGCCCCUCCGCUGGGGUAUAAAUCCUCCAGGACUCCACCAUGCAGACAUGAUCGAGCCAUGGCCUUCCUGUGGAUCCUCUCUUGCCUCGCCUUCAUUGGUGCUGCCCAUGGUUGUGGGAGGCCUGCCAUCUCCCCCAUCGUGACCGGUUACUCUCGGAUUGUGAAUGGCGAGGAGGCGGUGCCUCACUCUUGGCCUUGGCAGGUGUCCCUGCAGGAUUGGUCUGGAUUCCACUUCUGUGGCGGCUCUCUCAUCAAUGAGAACUGGGUGGUGACUGCAGCCCACUGCAACGUUAGGACUUCUCACUACGUGAUCCUUGGAGAGCAUGACCGCAACUCCAACGCUGAGAACAUCCAGGUGUUGAAUGUUGGUCAGGUGUUCAAGCAUCCUCAGUACAACUCCUACACCAUCAACAAUGACAUCACGCUCAUCAAGCUGGCCACCCCCGCCCAGCUUAACACCCACGUCUCCCCCGUGUGUGUGGCUGAAACCAGCGACAACUUCCCUGGAGGCAUGAUGUGUAUGACCUCUGGCUGGGGUCUGACCCACCACGCUAAUGCCAACACCCCCGCUCUGCUGCAGCAGGCCUCCCUGCCCCUCCUGACCAACGCUAACUGCAGCAACUACUGGGGCAGCAACAUCACAAAUCUGAUGAUCUGCGCCGGUGCCUCCGGAGCCUCUUCAUGCAUGGGUGACUCUGGCGGUCCCCUGGUUUGCCAGAAAGACGGAGCCUGGACUCUGGUGGGUAUUGUGUCUUGGGGAAGCUCAACCUGCAGCACCUCCAUGCCUGGUGUGUAUGCCCGAGUCACUGAGCUGCGUAGCUGGAUGGACCAGACCAUCGCUGCCAACUGAGCAUGCCCAGCAGAAGCGCCCAGUUCCUCUGCACCCCCCUCCCAUUCAGAUUCUCUACAUCAGUCUAUUUUUUAAUUUCUUUGAGUCAGCAUGAACGAAAGGUUGUUCUCCUCUAGUUGUCCUCCUUCCCUUCAGGAUCCACUACUGCCCCUUGUAUUUUUCUCAUGUGAAUCCAAUGCAUGAACAGAAUAAAACAUGUCAAAAGAA